AUGGUUCACGAGAUUCGCAAUCUUGUCAUCAGUCAAGCCCUUGGACAAUCCUCAGUUGGCCAGAGACGUCCUGAUUCAAGAACAGAAAUUACGUAUCUCCAUCCCCUCGGCUACACCCCAGCACCUAUCAACGUUUCGGAAAGGAGCUCGAUAGUUAUGAGUAAAGAUAUCCCCAUUAAAAAACAGAAUCAACAAUUGAAAGAUCAAGCCAGAGGUGGACCACCGAUUGGCCCUGGAUUUGUGACUCAUCACAAGGAAGAAUCGGAUGAUGAGGGCGGAGGCGUUUCCAUUCAGGCCUGGAUGCAUUGA